CUGGCAUACGCACGUCCUCUUCACCAUCUUCCUAGAUACCAGGUGCCAGGGACCAAGAGGUUGUCGUCAUAAAUAAAAGCAGGUGCAGCUGAGUAGCGUCUGUCUUUCAGGAUCCGGGAGCAGCCAAAAUGAUGCAUUUUGUUCCUUUGUUCCUAGUGUGCAUCUUGUUCCCUGCCAUUCAGGCCACGCAGCUUACAAAAUGUGAGGUGUACCGGGCUGUGGAAGACAUGGACGGCUACGAAGGCAUCUCUGCGCUUGAAUGGACCUGCGUUAUAUUUCACAGCAGCGGUUAUGACACACAAGCGAAGGUCAACAACAAGGGCGGCACAGAGUACGGACUCUUCCAGAUCAGCAACAAACAUUGGUGCAAGAGUAGCGAGGUCCCCGAGUCUGAGAAUAUCUGUGACAUUUCCUGCGACGACUUACUGAAUGAUGACCUUACCGAUGACAAAGUGUGUGCUAAGAAGAUUCUGGCCAUCAAAGGAAUCGACUACUGGUUGGCUCACAAGCCUAUGUGCUCUGAGAAGCUGGAACAGUGGAGCUGCAAGCUGUGAGCUCCUUAUGUCCUUGCUGCUCCUGUCACGUGUUCUGGAACACCUUUUCCCUAAGGCUGCCUCAGUUUGGCUCUUUCUAUUACCCUGAGAAUGACCUGUCUCUGAGCCCUGCACCCUGCGGUGACACCACUGGACUCUUAAGGACUUUUGUCAAAGGGUGUAUGACUGGAGCAAUGGACUGCAGAUCCUUGCUCAGUGAUGGUGAGGAGCUUGAUGGCAUUUUCACCAAAGCAAGAGAGUCCUCUUCUGUUCUAAAUAAAGGGCCUGGCCUGAUGUG